AUGUUUACAUAUAGGGGUAAGCCAUCGCUUGUGUGUCAAUGCACAGAGUCGGAAACCAAGUACUUCACCGCACCUGCAUUUGACAGAAGCUACGAUGUCUGCGGUUAUACUACAUUCCCUUCUACCACCGUUUCCGAAACAAUAACCCCAGCUCCUACGGUCACCGGCUAUGUCUGGACGAACCCGAUUGAGAGUCUCGUCUAUUCAUGCGACACCGCGACUGAAGUAGCCGAUCCCUGGACACAUACAACGUGCGACGAGCCAGCCGCUAUAUCAACCCUCCACCCGCAGCCAGGCACUGCAACGAUCCAUGUCUGGGAAGCUUGGCAGACCGACGCCAUCGGGCCAACCGUUAUCCUGGCUGCCGUUAUGAACGAUACAGACCAGGUCAUAGUAGCUGACCAGAGGGAGGCUGUUAAGGUGAAUCUAGGCGAUGAUCUCACCAUUCCUGUUACAAACCACGAGGACUACCCAAUUAAGAUUAAGCCAGUCGCAUCCGUCAAGUUUUUAGAUGAGGGGGAGCGUCGCCGGAGUUCGUUAAACAAGCGGAUGGGAGUAUCCCCUCGCCCCUACCCCGUUGAUCACUCGGAUCUCAUAUUCCACAUUGGCAGCGAUACUUUCAACUCCGUGGACGAUUCAGAAGAAAAUAAAGGACAGAAUCUGCCGUACUGCUCUGUAGGAGACUGGGAUUUCGGUAGUGCCGCGGACCAGCUAGCGGACUUUUUAGGCGGCAUGGUUCCGCUAGCAAAUAUUGUCUUGGGAGCCGGGAAGCUUCCGAAUCGACAGACAGAUUGCUAUAUUGAAUACUGA